AGGUACUGCAAUGGCUGUGUACAGUGCGUGCGUCGUUGCAACCAUAUACUAAGCAGCCUGAGUUCCGGAUAGCUGCGCUGGUUACUACUGAUCCGGAAGAAACGCUUUGUACUGGGCUGCAGCAAUCAUACUCUACUUUGGGAUGGUAGCAUCAGAAGGGUUACUCCUAAUGCGAACGCUGGCCCUCUGGCAUUCCCAGAGUACUGCCCGGAAAAUUUUAAUCGGGACAUACGUCUUAGUGGCGACUGUUAUGCUUGUCUGCAUUAUAGUACCCAGUAGCCUGAAAUUCGAGGGUAUUUGCGGCGGAACAGACGCCUCGUCUGCGGCAUCGACCAACCAAGUUACGGUAGGGAUCUUCGUGAGCGCAGCCUUCUUCGAACUUGUCGUGAUACUUUACACUCUCCUCUACACAUUGAGGUCGCAUGCAAGAACUGGUCGGUGUACUCCCACUAGGCUCGUGGCUGCCGUGACACAUGGGAAUAUGCUAUACGCGAUCUCACUGUUUGCGACUUCGAUUGUUAAUAUCAUAUUUGUUUCUUCGCCGCUCACAGGCGAUUGGCAUGGUGUUUUCAUUACCUUUCAGGGCAUUCUUCACGGGGUGUUGGGGUCCCGGAUCCUUUUCAAAUUGCAAGACGCAGUCUCCGACGGAAUCAAUACUCAAAUAUUCACCGGCGCGGGGUCGAGGAUGGAAUUCGCAUCGGUACCUCUGAGCGAUUUUACCGCGGAUGAGUUUUAAUUCGAUGCCCGCUCCGAGAUUUCCAGGCCCUGAAGUUCGCAUUCUGUUAAUAUGCAUUCGGGCCCGCUCUAUUUGACGGAAUACAUUGCAUCCCCCACAUGUCAUUACGAUUCAGUUGUCUCACUUUAGUUUUGGUUAUACCCUGCUAUCCGGGAAGACGAACUUGGGCACAAGGUCAGGUGCAUUAUACAUGAUAGUUGUAAUCUGCAUAAUUCGAUCAUCAAUUAGACUCAUUGCGUCGUAUAUGAUAGGA